GCGCGUCCUGUGGGAGACGCGUCGCACCAAAUCCUUGGGUCGCUCGAGCGUCUCAGCCACCGACGCGAAAUUUGGGUAGGCGCGUGACGUCAAUCGAGCCGAAGGUUGCCGUUGUCAAUGCCAACGCCAGGGCCACUGCUCUGGCUGAAUAAAUAAACAAAUCAACACUCCCUCAGGGUUGCGCUGCUCUUUUUCUCGCACGCGUCCCAUCCUGUCCCUUUCUCCCAACCUUCCAUCAUCUCCAUUCUACUACUUCCCUCGACUUCCGUUUGCUUGUAAUUGCUUAUUAUCAUGACUGGUACCCAGAAGAGAGCUGCCGAGGACGAGCCUACUGGUCGUCGUACACGCUCUGCAAAGGCCGCCAAGACCGAAGGGGCGUCCCAAUCUCGCAAAGGCGGCAAGAAGGGUCCCAAGACGUCACUGGGGGCGAACAGCUUCAAAUCCCGCGCUCUUCCACUUCACGUCAACGUAACGCAUACUCCUCCCGCCAUCCCAGAUGACGAGACGAUUAACGCCACCUCCGCCGACCCAGGCUUCAUCGGGACGACGGCUCUAGUCCCCACGGUGUUCAACACGGGGAGCUAUGGUUGGAAAGGCAACAAACGCGUUACUAUCGAGUUGCAGAAUAAUGAGAGUGGGGAGAAGGAGAAGGUACAUGUGAUGUUGACGAUCAAUGCUACUGUCAUGGGAAGCAAGAAUGCAAAGGAUGACGAGGCAGCUGAGGGCGAAGAGAAGGAACCUGAAGCUGAGGGUGAGAAACUCGCAGAGGAGUCUAUGAGCAAGGACGCUGAGGCGGCGGAAAACAAACCCGAAGAGGGUUUAGCAGAUACUGAAAUGGCGACGCAAGAGGGUCAGGAGACAGAAGAGAAGACUGAGGAGAAGACUGAACAGUGAUUGCUGGUCGAGUGCCUUUUUUGCUCGUACCUCUAUGCUUUAUCUUGCAUUUCGCCUUGUGUUCUCAAUGUAGCUACGGACUAUUUAAUCCUCAACGUUUGUCUUUAUGACGAAGACAGACUUGACGGAC